CUACAGAAGAUGACUAAGAAGCCGCCAACAUUUUCGAGCUGACAAACACAGUCUUACUAGGUAUCUUCACGUUCAGAGGAAAUUCCACUCUGCUAUAAACGACAGCGGGCGGAGGGAAUCUUCUAUUAACAGCCAAACAGUUUCCACUCAUCUUCCUCAGAGAAGCCAAGCUGCCUCUGCUGUCUGUCCUGUGUUACUGUGGAGAUGGCUAAAGGCUAGCGUGGCUGAAGGCUAGCGUGGCGUUUUGUGCUCUCAGCGUUGUAUGAGUCAGCCCGGAGGAGAUGGAUGAUGAACUUGGGAACUUCAUCAGAGAGCGAAAGGCCAGAGUGGCUGAGGAUAAAGCCAGCCUAGAACAGGACCCUCCGUACAUGGAAAUGAAGGUGAAACCUCCUAAAAGCUAUGGGUCUACUGCCAAAGAGAACAUCCCUCCCUAUUCAGAGGCACCUGGAAAAGAGGAGAAUUACAGCGUAGGUCUGCCUCUGGGUGUCGAGUAUGAGAGGAAGAAGCAGAGGCUGCAGCAUGAGCUCCGUAUGGACUACAGGCGCUACAUGGCUCAGAGGAGACACUUUGAGCCUGUGCAGCCUGGAGCAUUAAUGCACCUCAAUAACAGAAGACCUGUCAAGAAAAACCUGCUUGGAGACCACACGGCUGCUCUCAGACAGGAGCCUCUCCUCCACAGGGAUGCUGCCGCUCUCACUGAGGACAGCAGGGGGUUGCAGAGGACUUUGCAUCCUACAGAGGUCCAGCAUGUACACCCUGAGGAGGAUGAAGAACGGUCUUCAGCUCCCCUCAGACGUCGUGACAGGCUCGGGAAGCCAGAGGAUAAAGAACCAGAGGAGGAGGAUGAGGAUGACUACUUCAGGGAGGAGCUGGAGCAGACUGGAGGAAGAUCUUCAGGGUUUGAGGACAUUUAUGAGAGGAGACGGUCUAAAAGGAUUGAAGCCAGGGAGAAAGGGGAGAUUUCAGUUGUCGCUGCUAGAGAAGGCUGGAGAUCGAGAGCUAUGACCAGAAAAGAGGACGCUGAGUUUGCCACUGGCCUCAUCAUAGGAUUUGCAGACACUAAAGAUGCCUUACAGAGAAGGAAGGAGCGCUACCGGCAGGAGCUGCAGGAGCAGAUCGCUGAGCAGCACAGGAACAGGAAGAGGGAGAAAGAUUUGGAGCUGAAAGUUGCAGCAACAGGGGCUAACGAUCCUGAGAAACAGCCGGACCGAAUCAGACAGUUCGGAGCGAGCCGGAGGAAAGAUCAUCUGGUCCUGGAGCCGUUAGCGACAGCAGAGGACAAACCCUCACCCAGACGUCUGUCUUACCAUGAGAGAACAUGUGCAAGAGACCGAGAGAUGUCUCCACCUGAGCAGCCUCACGUGGCCUUCCAGUCCCCUCUGCUGGAGUACAGCUCUGCCCUAGGCCUGUCCCCCAACAGCCAGCCUGCAGCGCCCUCCUUCCCCAGAGCCGUGGACACCCCCAGGCUCCCCUUGUUCCCUCCUCAUCCUCCCUCCACUCUCAGUGAAGCCUACAGGAGCCCUUAUGGAGAGCCUUAUUCCUACUACGGCAACAGAAACCUGCUGGACCCACACACGGCCUACUAUGGUCACCUCCCUGUUCCCACUGCUGGCCUCCCCAUGUCUUACUGGAACGUACCACCAGGGGGAGCCGUGCCCAGCCAGUUUGGUAACCACAGCCCUCACAGCCAGCAGAGCGGAGGCAGCUUCCCAGAGCCUCCAAUACAGUUGAGCUCUGAGGCGGCGACUGUGGACUCGCAGGUCGGAGUUUACCAUUCGGACAAACCCAGACCAACCAGGGUUGGAAUCAUGAGCUACAGAGACGCCCUAAAGCAGCAAAUCCAGGAGCAACAGGAACGGAGGCGUCAGGAGAGGGAGGAGACAGAGCGUUAUGAGGCCCAGCUGGAGAUGGACAUGAAGAACCAUCAGCCCUGGGGUCGGGGAGGAGGAGGAGCGCCUCUCAGAGACAGCACGGGGAACCUCAUAGCUGAUCUAAACCAGAUGCACAAGCUGAAUGAAGAGGCUUACACCAACCCGGAGCAGUGGCAGAGGAGAGCUACGGCCGCCACAGCAGCCCGCCGGGCGGAGCUCCCCGACCCCAAUGAGAGGGUCUCUGGUUUCACCCACGUCCAAACCCCCCAGUUUGCGAGGGGUAAUGUCUUUGCUAACCAGCCGUCCCAGCAACAGCUGCAGGAGCAGGACAAGUACAAGGCUUACCUGAAACAGCAGAUCGAUGAGAAAAUGCGUAAAAAGGCAGAGGAAAGGGAACGGACACGACUAGAGGAAGAGAAAGAGGAGAAGAGGCUGGCGGAGCAGAGGGCUCGCAUCCAGAGGGAGUAUGAGGAAGAACAGGAGAGGAAGAAACGCAAGGAGAUGGAGCAAAAGGCCAAGAACGAGGAGCUGAUUCAGCUGGCAGAACAGAGGAGGAAGGAAGCAGAGAGGAAGAAGAAGGAAGCAGAGGAGAAGGAGAACGCGGAGCUGAGGAGGCAGUACGAGAGGGAGAGGCAGGCUCGAGUAGACGAGGUGUGCAGGGAGCCCUCACCUCCGAUCCCCACCCUGCAGAGAAGACAUGGCCUGCACCAGUACACCCCGCGGCCCCCUACUGGGAACAGCCUGCACUCUGCAGCCCCCCUCUCUGAGCGCUCAUUGUCUGGUCUCCAGUCUCCUCCCGUCCCUGCUUGUAGGAAUCAGCUCCGAGCUGCAGGAGAUCAGCACAAAGUGUUCAGCGAGCUAUCAGCGCUACGCCGUCAGCUCCGCAGUGAACAGAAACGCCUGGAGGGUCGUCUGCAGCAAGGCGACUGGGAGGACUCGGACUCUCCUCUGAGUGACAGACAUCGGGAGCGUCUCCCCUUUGACGUCUUCGACAUGGCCAGGCUGCGGCUCCAGGCUCCCGUCAGACGACCAACAUCCAGAAACGCCGAGCCCAGAAACCUGCUGAGAAUCCACGACUCCCUCCAGCUCAAACCCACGGACGGAGAAUCCAGACUGGGGUUCAGUGACACUCUGAAGCUGGAGGGGGGAGGUGCAGCCAGCAGGAGGAGGCGGGACUACGGGGAUCCUUAUCACCAGUUCAGCAGCCAGAGGGUGACGGUCCACGGCGAUUAUCGUGAUCUGUCCCCACCACAGCAGAAUGACUUUAUGAGGAGUGCCAGGGGAUCUCUACUGGAGUCAGAGAGUGCUUUCAUUGACCCCCUAGGAGAGGCGUAUCCCGUACCACGCACACCGGAGCUGGAGAAGACCCCUCUGCUGUCGGCCAGGGAGAGGAGGAGGGCAGUGAGAGAGUCCCAACGCCCUCAGGAGAGAGCAGCUUUCAGUCAGCCCUUUGGACAGCAAGACCACCACAGAGGAAACAGACUGACGGAGGAGGCUGAGUUUGGCAUAGAGAGGAGAUGGAACAGGACAGGUGGUCUGAGGACUCUCAGUCACCACGGUAACCCCACAGAACCAGUCGAUCUGUCUGACGACAGCUCCUCCCCUCCCCGCUUCUCCCUCCACAAACUCAACCAUCACAGCUCAGUGGAAACGCUCGCCACGGACCCGUGGAUGCGGCCGGGAACGUCGGACAGCGAGCGGCUGAUGACGUAAUGUCAGGACUCAGAGGUGCCUUGGUCUGCAGACGGGUCGUCUUUACAAAGACGUCCCCUCUGUCUGUCAAACGUGAUUGUUCUUUUAAUUCUUUUAAAUUCUGAGAGUCAAGAUGUCUGAGGGUUCAGAUACGAGGACGCCGUUUCUGUGACGUUUAUGCCAGAACCACAGUGAGAUUGAUGUU